UCUGGCUAUUCAUGACCUCAGCGGGGGAGGAAAAGAGUGAGAGAGAUGCAGAAAGAUAGAACAACUUCAAAGAGAACAAGAGAGGGAAAUGUGUAUGAGUGUGUGUGGGGCAAGCAGUUAAUUCUGCUUUUCUACAAACCAUCUGAUGGCUCAGGCUGUGUUGCUACGGGCAACACACAGAGGGAGGGAACAGGGUAUGAUUAAGCAGUGAUGGCAAAAAAAUAACCACUUUUUGGCUUUUUUCAUUGCCUGAGCUGACGUAGACAUCUGUAGGGACGACAGAGGGUGAAAAAGAGAGAGGAUGCUGAGUGGGCAGGAAUACAGACGUCGAGCAUCCAAUCAGCGGAGGCAAAGUCAGCGUCUGUUUGUCCAAUAGAGUGUGACGAGGCUCCUCCAGUGUGAGCUAACAGCGCUGGUGGCUGGUGUCUUAUUAAUGAAUGGAGCGUCUCACAGGCAGCAAAACGGUGCUUGAGCUCUCUCUCCCUGGACGGAGAAGGCAGCACAAACAGAAUAGUAGGAGCACUUCGCACCUCGACAGAAAACAACUGCAGCAGCCGUGUGCAAAUAUGAAGAAGCACCAGCGUGAGGAUGAGAACUCUGACAGCGAUGCAGAGCAGGAUUCUUCUCCCCCUUCUGCGAUGGAUGUCCAUCCCUCUUCUUCUUCUUCCAACUUCCUCCUGCCCUCGUCUUCUCAGCGGAGAUCCAUCUCCAUGGGGGACUUUCGGAGAGUCCCUGCUGGACAGACAGGCUCCGAGCCCCCCUCUACAGCCUCCACGGCACCCUCUUCCAAGCUGGUAACCCCCAGCUCAAGUAUGGAGUUCGAGGCAGCUCGUCGACGCCUCCUGGAGGUGGAAGAGCGCCAGCGUGUCAUCAGAGAGAUGGAGAGACGACUGGAGGAGCUGAGGGAGGUGUUCGUGCGCUCCGAGCAGGAGGCGGUGGAACACGGGGAGCUGGUGGCGCGCAUCACCGCUGCCGCCCAGCAGGGCGAACUAUAUGUGGCGGAAAAUGGACAGCGGCUGAAAAAAGGAUUGCGGUUUAAACGGCACAGGCCUACCAUUGUCUUCUCCUCCAUGCUGGGGCUGAGAACGUGCCUCCCUUGGCCUGUCAAACUCAAAUAGCGAAACAGCCGCUGCUUACUUGCAAGAUGGUCCUUCACUGCUCACAACAGCAUCACUUUUUUUCAGAUCCAAGGAUGUCCAAGGCUAAUUUUCUACUCGCUGUUAGUCAGAAAUUGCUGAAACUUUUGCUUCACCUGUAUAUAUCAUUAACUGGGAUCUUAGAGGGUGCUUCAUUUGAGCCCAUCGAAAUGGCGCGGGCCUCAUAUUUGCUGCUUGAACAACCCAAGAAAGACACUGGGGAUUUGCUGUAAUGUGUGUGAACUCUGUGCAUGCGUUGCACUUCAUGUCGCUUAGCGUGUGUGAGAACGUGUGAAUGUCAGAGAGGAAGCAGAAGGGUGCUAUUCAUCCAGAAGAAGUCACUCAGGUGUCCUGUGAUUGGUCCGAAAUGAAAGGCAUUCUUCCAUCUGCAGUAAGGUGAAACAGAGCUUUUAGGCUAAAGGCCCGUUCACACCAAGAACAAUACCUACAACAAGAACUAUAUUGGCGUCCACACCAAUGGUUGUUAACCUUCUGUUUAAGGUUAAUAAGCACACAUAUCAUUCACCAACUGGAAAAAAUCACUGAAAGUGAUUCCAAUUAUAUUGUUCACCAACUGGAAAAAUCACUGAAAGUGAUUCCAAUUAUAUUGUUCCUCUGCGACAUUAUCGUUGUAGUGGUGUGGACUUCAUUAUUCCCAUAGAUUUAAAAUGAUUAUUAAAACUUUGUAGUUAUCGUUGUAGUUAUUAUUAUCAUCUUGGUGUGAACUGUCCUUGAAGUCCCAAGAGACAGAUGAAUUGUACAUGAUUGUACAAUUUGUGCACACAUACUGGGGACGUGCGCUUUUGUUCUCGUCUUGUACGUUUAGGGUGCCCAUUGGGCUUUUGUGGAUGGAGAAGAGGAGCAGCGAUUUCUCUCUCUUCUCUGUCAGCAUUCCAUCUGUGGCCUCUUUGUCGCCUAGCAACCAGGACCUGACUUUCAUUUCCUUCUGAAUGUAUUUAACAUCAACAGAUCAUCCAAAACUACAGCUCAUGAAUGACAGGCAGAGGACAUUUUGAGAUUCUUGUUGCGUGAUUUAAUUAGCUGCAGAUCGCUUGAGCAUACACUACUAAGAAUGCAUUCAAAUAUGUAGUUAAAAAUGUAAGCAGAAAGAUAAUGGCUGUGUUGGAAAUGUAAGUCCCAGUCAGUCAAUGACCAAGGGGUUUCAGGCUGGCUUCUAAAGCAUCAUGUCAUAUGGAAUGAUCAAAUUCUUGGGAACUUGUGAGAGGUAACCAAACAAAUAUUUAAUGACUACAAAUGCUUAUUUCUUGCCAGAAAAGUCAUAUGUUAUGAAUGUACAUUCAUAUACAAUUGACCACUCCAUCAGAUACCAUUUUCCACCAAACGCAUAGAACUGAGGAAUAUCGUAGGCAGCGAAGGAUCAAGACCUUCAAAAACCAACCAGAUGAAGGCAUCUUAGUCGGGAUGUUAUGCUAACAUUGGUUUCAGAUUUGAUUUGAUGCCUUCCUACCUCCGUAUGCUGCAUUCAAAUGCUGCUUUUUCAGGUUUCAGACACAGCCAAUAUCACUCGUUUGAUAAUGAAUAGAAACUAAAACCAGUUUUACAUGUAGGUUGCUAUAAUCUCUUUGGUUGGUUAUUUGGUGCAACUGCCCUCAUGGAAACUUCCUAUCUCAUCUCAGACAUCUCUCUCUCUCUCUCUCUCUCUCUCUCUCUCUCUCUCUCUCUGAGCAAAUGGCUCUUGCUCAGCCUUGCUUGAGUAGAGCGCGUUCAGGGACUUCAGCAAAACACAAGGGACUGCUAUUCUUGGCUUGAACCAGUUAAGGCUGGAAGAUUCUGGGCUAGGUAGAGAGAGAAAUAUGAUCAGAUGCUGGCUAACCUUGUAGGUCUUUAGUGAGUGAAAUAACCUUUCCUUUGGCAGAUAGAUUUAUGCUAUACUGCAGGGUAAGCCAGCAGGACUGUACAUCACCACUGAGAAUGUAGCCUGCACCUGGCAUCUUGCCUCAUUGUGUAAGCAGACAGUCGCUCUACUCGCUGCAUCAUAUCAGGAAAAACAUGGAAUUAGUGCGUCUAUAUACCAUUAUAUAUAUAUAUACAUUAAAUUAACUCUGUAUUAUAAUCUUAGAUUCUUCCAAAAUCUGAAAGUAACAUUUAUGUAACAUUAAUUAUUCGAUUUAAACGCUGUGAUUACAAUCAUUACAUACACAUAGAAUGUCUUUUAACAGGGUCCCUUUGCAAUACACUUCUGUCUUCUAUAAAUACUACUGCAUGCAUGGUGCUUUUUUGUCCCUCUGCGUGACACCUGCGCAUCUGUGUGUGAUGCAGUUCGAUUUACGUCAUUUGACGGGGCAGGAUGCUUGCAGACCACAGUCUUUCUUCAGUUAUAUCGAUCAGGCGUAAAGCAAACACAAUAGACGUGAGUGAAUCUCAGUUCAAGGGCUACUUACACUCCUUUAAUGACAGAACAUCUGGGUGUCCUUAAUGGUUGCGCUGAUCUCCCUCAUUUUAGUAGGGAUUUGAUUUAGGCAGCUGUAGAUUAUACUAGAUUUAGGACACGCGAUUGGCUGCUGUAGAGUGAAAGAUGAUGAACAUGCCUGCAAUGUUCUUCUGCGACAUAUCAACUGCUAACCAAACUAAGUUGUUGUGAUGAAAGCCUCUGGUGUGUGGACAUGUUAUUAGCGAUCACUGUUGGAAUGAUGUUAUGAACCCAUCUUAAUGAGUUCCCACACAAACAUUUACCAUGGUAAUCAAUGUUACUACUUUAAAACCACAAAAAAAAAAAAAAUAUUAUGGAAUUCCUGACAGUGUAGUAAGGUGUAGAUAUUUUUCAUUUAUUACAAGGAUCUCUGGAAUGCUGGAUUCUGAUUGGUCAAAUGCAGUAUUCAGCGGUCUGAUAUUUCCUAAUAUAGAAUGCAACAGUGUCCGUCAACUUUUUCAACUGCCUUGGCACUGGAAGUAUUUUUUAAUUCCAUUUCCAAUAGGGAUUAAAAAAGUCUUCAUUUAAGAGUUAUAAUAAGCCAUAACCAGGUGAAUAAGCCAUAAUUUUGAGGUGAACCACAAUGUUACAAACAUUGAUUUGAAGCAAAACAGUAUUUGAAAAUUUGACAAAAACUGUGUACUUAAAGGCUUUAACAAGGGAAAUAACUACAAUCCCAAAAGCAUUAUGAAUUAAAUCAUUAAAUUAAAAAUGAUGAAGACAUAUAAAUGAUUGAUGGUUUAUUUUGUAUAGAGAAACAAUAUAUUAAAUGCAUCCUAUGCAAAAAAAUGUUUAGGUAGUUUGAGAAUGUAGGGAAAUCUAGUGCUUGUGUACCGCUUUUUAUCCAGGACUAUAAAACCCUGUACCAGAGCAGGUUUAGCACCACUUUUGAACAGUUUGAAACCAUACAGUGUUAAAAUGUUACCGCUAAAUGCUUAGCAACAGACAACCAAUUGUGUGCCUCAUAUUUGCGUGCUUUGGACAAGUCACGGAAACAUUGCGCGAUGUAUAAAAAGUCGUUUCAGAGUCUGAGGGGAAAAUGUCUGAAAGUCCGAAAAGUCUAUUCAGGAUAAACUUGAUAGUACAGUCAGCAAUAUAUAAUAUAUAUAGGAUGCGCCAUGCUAGAGCCUUUAUAUGUGCGUUCACACCAUGUCAUAAUUACCAUAACGAUUCUGAACUGAAAAAGCCUUCAUGUGCUUGUUGAACUUGUAAUUACAAUGUUACGACUUGUACCACGUGGCCACUGUAUCACCUGACCUCUGCAGAUUUAAGGUGUGUUCGACUUGAAGCGCCGCUGUGCAGACCGAUCGGUUCGAUAAAAACGUAGGGUUUAGGAACGUACAGUAGAGCUGCAUUCACGUCAUGUCGUAAUUCCCGUAAUUUUGAGAUGACAGCACGUGAUGUUCUAUUUGGAGCUGUUCACGUCCUCAGACUGGGAAUUAUGCGUUUUCAUGGCAUCACUAUUAACGCCUAAAUGAAUCUGCAGCAGUCAGGUGGUACAAGUAGGAGCUCUCAGAAGAUUCCCAACUUAGAGUUGUAAUUACGAGCUCUAUGUGAAUGCUUUUUAUAAGUUUAAACCUCGUAAUUACGGUUAUUUCCGACUUGGCGUGAAUGCACCUUAUUAAAAGUUAGUUUAUGAAUACCCAGGAUUAAUUGUUAACCUCAGGUAAAUUAUGGUCAGUGUAAAACAUUAAGCAAGAUAACCCAGGAUGGGAUUUAUAAUGACCCAGGAUUAAUUAUUUAAAGUGUGAAAAGCCCUAAAGUGUUCUUUUGGUGCAAUUUGCUUAUAAUAGUGCUGUCGAACACAAUUAUUUAAACAUUAAGUUGAAAUCAUGCAGACUGAUGGCUUCAACAAAAGCAUAUAACAACAAUUAACAAUCUCAUAGAUCACAGUAGGUCUGUUUUUAAAGGUUAUCGAUAAUAAUAAUUUCCCUUAUGGAGAAAAUGAAUGGGAUUUUACUUCCGUAACCAAACUGUUGCACUCUAUAAUAUAACUCAAAUAUGACCACUGUCGGGUACCAUGGUAAAUUUUUGUAAGGGUUUCUAGUUUGUAGAAAUCCAGAAAUGCUAGACGACCAGUUAAAUGGUUUCUCGCAGGUAUUCAUGAUUUGUAGGCUGUAUGUUCUCAAAAGCCCUAUAGAGUUAAACAUUCAUCAAAUGCCUUAUCUCGUUGACUGUACAUAUGACAUAUUCACGCUGUGUGGUUAAAAGACACCUCAGCUGAAGUCUCUCUCACAUGGUGAUUUUUGCACUGCACCUUUUAUGAGUUUUGCUAUGACAGAUGUUAAAAGAAAAGCUUUCCCAAAGAUCUGAGCCCACUUGCAGAAUGAAUGUAAAGUCUGUCCUUGUGUCCAUGUCUAGUUAUGAUGCCAUCCUUAUAAGCUUUCAUCAGGUAACACUAAUCUUUGUAAACAGUUUUAUUGGAUAUCCAGCUUUUGUUGUCAAAUCUACUGUACUUAUUUAGAUAAGCAGAUUCAUUAUUUCUUCUCUCAGCUGUAAAAUAACUUUAAGCUAAUGUAAUCUUAAUGCUCAUGGGCGGCCUUUGCUAUCCAGAGGCCCGUUUCAAAGAAACAGUUGGAGGCCUCCCAACCCCCAUAAGGAAAAACACUGUAUGCAAUGCAACUGCAUAUACUUAAUAGUUACAAAUGCUUUCUAUCUACCACUAUCCACUCAUUUUUUCUUUUUAACCAGAGGCCGGUUGCAUAAACUGCUAAGACUAGUCUUACAAGUUAGUCAUCCAAUUUUUAAGACUGUUCAUAAUUUUUUUUAAGUCAGUUACAUGACAACUAAGAUUGGUCUAAUUUGAUACUGAAAAGUACUGAUUACCCCUAACUGACUAGUUGGUCAUACUAGUUCUUAAGACGGUCUUAACUUAAUGGUUAUUUUUAUGCAACUGGCCCCAGAAUUGCGCAACCAAUCAUGACCGAAAACAAAAACAAUUUUCGUCACUCACAGCCCCACCUUGGACUCUGAAAUGACCUAGCAUUGAGAGCAAAGAAAUAAAAAUUAGAGAACAGGGAUUAGAUAAUGGAUGGAAUUAGUAAUGCAAUAUGAAUAUGCAUAGAACUUGGCUUUUCGUAACCGAUAUUGUUAUAAUGACAGAAUUGCAUUUAUACUACAUACACUCAUACUAUAUAAAACACACUUUUUAGCAGACGUGAAGUAAUUGCUUAUUCAAAAUAAGUACCUACUCAAGAGAGUAAGCAAUUUUGAGUCACUGAGUCAAUCAUUUAGACCUAUUCGCUCAAAAAUGCGGAUUCAUUCAAUAAUGAAACAUACUAUGUUGCUCGGACACGAGCAAUGGAUCUGCUGUGGAUUUGUUUGGAACUAUUUUCAUUGGCAAACCAGAGCAAAAAAAAAUUGUCUAAAAUGUAAGUCACCUAAUAUUAACUUUUUGUUGUAUAAAAUCAAUAUCACAUUUGCAAUCAUGUUGAUAUUCAGGAAAACAACGCUCUUGCUUGUGUGGUAUUGCCUAAAACUCAUACAGGGACUUUUUUUUGCCCCAUAUUUUAAAUUUUGUGGGCAUUAUUAUUCAUUUUUGGUGUCAUUUUUGCCCAAAGCCCUGUUAAUUUCCACCCUAGUGUGUGCAGAAAAAGUCCUGGCGCUCUUUUUCGAGCACAAGCGGAGGCCCCUUCUGUUGUGAAACCAGUUUCAAAUGAAACGGGUGAAACAUAGCAAAGGCCACUACUGCCUAUUUACAGUAGCUUUUAUCUUUAGUCACAGUAUAAGUAAAGCUUUUCUGGUAAAAAAAAAAAAAAAAAAAAAAAAAAAAAAAAAAAAAAACAUCUAGUGGGGUUCACAAAUUUAGCCUUUUGAACAUUAUAAGAAUGUAUCACUUUUUGAAUUUAUGUAUUUAAUGUGCUUUGCAAAGUUCUAUUCACAAUCUUUAAAAAUAGCCUAUUCUGUAAUUACUGUUAUUUAAUCCUUUGUUUCACAGAACAAGAUUCAACAGUUCUAAAACCCUUGUCUCUUGUCUAACAUUGAACGGAUGUAUUUUUAGUGUCACUGUAUGCUGAAUUAUCUAAUUGGAUUUUUGCUACAUUGCAUUUGCUGAAGAAGAAAAAAAAAAAACAUGAAAUGAAAACAAUUCCACAUGCUUCUGUACAUUUAUUGAUAAUACAUUGAAUAUUAAAAAUGUUUUUGCUGACUGUU